UCAUUGGUCGUCACCAUGUCAACACUUUCGUCUGAAACAUUUUCCCAGCCGUCGCCGGAAAUCGACUGCCAGCUGCUUACGCCGUGUUUUUGUUCUAUGAGCGACGGAAGUGGCGAUAUCGACCUGACCAGCCUCAGCGGUUCUAAUGGGCAGCCAAAGUUCAAAGACGUUCUGAAUUCGGACGAGGGCUACUACUACUCAUACAGCCCGUGCGGAUCCUUCACAGAAUUACAAUGCCAAGACGCAACGGCGUGCUUUCUAGACCAGGCAAAGGAGCAGGCGCAGCAGAUUGGAGACUACGGAAGGACAGACUUCGAAUACGAUGGCAACAACGUCGUCGUCGCCUACUCUUCCGGUUCCGGAGUUCUCAAACUCACACAAGUAAACCUACUCUGUGACCCGACCGCCUGCGACCCUAAAUUCGUGCCAAACGGGAACCAGGGCCCGGGACUGUACGAAAUGACAUUAACCACCAUCUGCGCAUGCCCAGGAAAGUGUUCAGCUUCCGGUCCAACAUCCGGUUGCCACUCUAGCGGUGCUGUUGAGGGCCUCAGUGUUGGAUCAAUAUUGCUGAUCAUAUUCUUCGUCACUCUGGCCCUGUACCUGACGGCCGGUGUCGCCUACAUGAGGAUCCGCAAACAGGCCUCCGGAAGUGACAUGAUCCCCAACAAGGAAUUCUGGGUAGUCUUACCCUCGCAUGUUGUUACUGGUGGGAAAUUCGUCGUAGCAAAGAUCUGCCGAAAAGAAUCGAAAUAUGACCAAAUAUGAGCGAAAUAUAGGACCCUUUUGUGUUGGUAUGAAGUUUUAAUCUGGAUGUCAGUUUGAAGAAUUAUAUAAUUGCAUGACUACUGCAAGUGCAAUAAUAAUUUUCAGUUUUGUAACUACUUUAUGUAUUUAUUCUCUGUAUAUUUUGAAAGAUUGAGUAUAUGAUUUAUUUGAUUAAUCUUCCGGGUGCAUCCCGUUAGGUGGUCCCUUCCGUAUCGUCCGUUUGUUCAGCUUGACAUGCAAAAUGUUAAAAAUAAUGUAUUAUUUAUCUUAGUUGAAAUGCAAACAACAAUGGUAAAGUGACUGGACACUUCUCUGUGUUGC